AAUUACAUAUUAAAAAAUUAAAAUGACUUAUUAAUUUAUUUAUUGAUCUAGACUUUAGAAGUUACCUUUUGUUAAAAAAAAAAUCCAAUAUUUGUCAUUAGGGAUGUGAUGGGAGACUAAUAGUCAUGAAUGAAUAUAAAUAAGGGGAAGGAGUGGUGGAUGGGAGCAUCGCAUUUCCAAAUGGAGUUGGCUAACAUAGCAAAGUGCUUAUUGUUGGGUGUUUUGAUUCUGUGGAUUCAAAUCCAUGGAAACAAAUGUUGCUUUGAAGAAGAGAGAUUGGCUCUCUUAGAUUUCAAGGCAUUUGUUGGAUCAAAUGGGUUUGACGAAGACUAUCUUCUUCCUUCAUGGAUUGAUGAUCCAACCAGCAAUUGUUGUCAAUGGGAGCGUGUCAUGUGCAACUCAACUACAGGUCACGUGACUGAGCUCUCGCUCAACAAUACACGACAAUAUAAUAUAGAGAGUAGAUCAUUUUAUUAUGAUGAGAAUAUUUGGUAUGUAAAUUUGUCAAUGUUCCAGCAAUUGAAAGAGUUCAAAACUCUUAAUUUAUCCUAUAAUCAUUUCGAUUGUUCCAUUGAUGACCAAGGUUGUGAAAGAUUAUCAAAACUGAAGAAGGUUGAAGUUUUGGACCUUACUUGGAAUAGAUUCAAUAAUAUCAUCUUACCAUCAUUGGGUACUCUUACAUCACUUAAGACUUUGAUUCUUGGCUCCAAUAGAAUGGAAGGUUGUUUUCCUAUACAAGGCUUUCAAAUAUUAGAGGAGUUGGACCUUACUAUGAAUAGUUUCAAUAAUAGCAUCUUAUCAUCAUUGGCUGCUCUUCCAUCACUCAACACUUUGAUUCUCAGAGGCAAUCACAUGGAAGGUUCAUUUCCUAAUCAAGGUUUUGAAAGAUUGGAGAAGUUAGACAUUAGUUGGAAUAUAUUCAAUGGAAGUAUCUUAUUAUCAUUGGGAACUCUUACAUCACUCAACACUUUAAUUUUUAGUUACAAUGGCAUGGAAGGUUCAUUUCCUAUCCAAGAAUUAAAAAAUUUGAAGAGUUUAAAAUUCUUGGAUAUAAGUGGUAACGGUUUUAACAACACUCUAUCAUUUUUAGAGUUUUCGACUUUUAAAAGGUUAGAGACUUUGAAUUUGGGGGGCAACGCUUUCACCGGAAGUAUUUCGGAAGGUUUGUGUGGUUUAAAAGAUCUUCAACAUUUAGAUCUCAACUAUAAUAAAUUUGGAGGCACUCUUCCUCAAUGUCUUGGCAAUUUGACAUCUCUCACAUUCCUAGAUCUGUAUGGAAACCAACUAAUAGGGUAUCUUCCUUCAUUUUGGCCACCUAAGCUCCAAUCUCUUGAUCUUAGAUAUAAUCAUCUCGAGGGCGUAUUCUCUUUCAAUUAUUCCAGCCUUGAGGUGAUUAGAUUAAGUGGCAACAAAAUUACAUUUGAGAAUGGUUGGAUUCCAUCAUUUCAGUUAAGGGCUCUUAUAAUGCAAGAUUGUGGUCUCGAAAGUAUUCUUGAGUUUCUGUUUCACCAAUUCAAAUUGGAAGAUCUUGACCUUUCUCACAACAAUCUAAAAGGAAGAUUUCCCUAUUGGUUACUUCAAAACAAUGGAGGACUUGAGAUCCUAAAUCUCAUGAAUAAUUCUUUCAAUGGCCAGCUUGAAAUUGGGGCAAAGAUGCUUCCGAGCAUGACAUAUCUUAAUUUAGCCAGAAAUCAUUUUGAAGGUGAUAUUCUUUUUUCUGCCGGCGAUGACUGUAAAUUGAAGACUUUAGAUUUGUCUCAUAACAACUUUUCAGGGGAAGUUCCAGAGAGACUGCUUUCAAAUUGCACUUCCUUGAGCCUUCUGAGGUUAUCUCAUAAUAAUUUUCAUGGUCAGAUAGCAUUGUUUAACUUGACUCAAAUUGAUGAUUUGCAAUUGAAUGACAACCAAUUCGAAGGAACCCUAUCAAGUUUACACACCAAGUUUAGUCAUCAAAGUUAUGGCCCGAUUGUGUUACAUUUGAGCAACAAUCGAUUGCACGGUGAGAUUCCACACUGGAUGGGUAACUUCACAGGAUUGAUAUAUCUCAACUUGCGCGAUAAUCUUUUUCAAGGUCAGAUUUCAUGCCAACUUCUUUCAACAGAAAUAGAGUAUCUAGACCUUUCUUAUAAUUCUUUUUCUGGGUUGUUACCUUCUUGCUUCAAUGGAAAUUCUUUGCGACAGAUAAAUUUGCAAGGUAAUAGAUUCAGUGGUUCAAUACCUGAAGCGUUGCUUAAUAUCUCAACACUGAACUCAUUAGACUUAAGCGACAACGAGUUGUCGGGCACCAUUCUUAAUAAAUCUGGUGGAAAUUUAAGUAGUUUACGAGUUCUUUUAUUACGAGGAAAUCAUUUCAGUGGCUUCAUUCCAAAUUGGUUCUGUCAGUUGAAUAAUGUCAGCUUAUUGGAUCUCUCAAGGAACUCCUUUUCUGGGUCUAUACCCCAUUGCUUAUAUAAUCUCUCAUUUGCAAGGGAAGGAGGACACCUCUAUGCUCCUCCAUUCAGCGAUGCACUUUUUACAUGGGGGAUAGAAUAUAGGGGUAGCAGCAAAACUCCCUUAGCUAACACAUAUAUUUUUCAAGCCGAGGUUGAUGAAGAAAGUGAGUUCGUUACAAAAUAUAGAGCCGACACAUAUAAAAAUAAGGCUCUUAACUAUAUGUCUGGAUUAGAUUUGUCAGAUAAUAACUUAACGGGUGAAAUCCCAUAUGAACUUGGAGCGCUAUCUCAUAUUCAUGCAUUAAACCUAUCACACAAUCAAUUGACAGGAUCUAUUCCGACAUCUUUUUCAAAUUUAUCCGAAAUAGAAAGUUUGGAUCUCUCUUACAACAUUUUAAGCGGACAAAUUCCAGUAGAAUUAAUCGAUCUAAACUUUCUAGAGGCAUUUAGCGUGGCCCACAACAAUUUAUCAGGCAGAAUUCCAGAUAUGAAAAGACAGUUCAGUACAUUUGAGAGUAAAAGUUAUGAAGGGAACCCAUUUCUUUGCGGAACUCAAGUGAGAAGAAAAUGCCACAAUGAUAAUGAUGAACCAUCUCCAUCACAAAUGGAGUCACGACAAGAAGCAAGUGGGAAAUGGUAUGAAAUUGAUCGCGAGAUUUUCUUUGCAAGUUUUUCAGUAACUUUUAUAAUAUUCUUUUUGUCUGUCAUCACCAUUCUAUAUGUCAAUUCUUAUUGGCAACAGAGAUUGAUCUAUCAUACUAGACGAUAUCUAUUUUCAUGUUAUUACUUCUUGUAUGAUAAUUUAGUGAAGUUAUUUAUUUGAUUUUCAUAUAAUGUAAUCAGUUCCUAAAUC